AUGUGGAGAAUUAAAGGACUCGCGUGGAGAGUGCUACAUCGCUACCACACCAGCACCCCGUUGCGUCUCCCCCAGAAUCACCACGUGGAAGAUGAAGUCAUAAACACCUCCACUGUUCUCUCCGCUUCUAGGAACUCUUCGGACAACAGUUCUCAUAAAGAAGAAGAUGGAGAGAGGCGGAAUAAACAGAGGGCCUUUAAAUCGACCUCCGCUGAGCUGCCUCGUUACACAGCCCUCGACGCCGUAGGAUGGGGUGCAUCAGCGGUGCUGUUCAUGCAGAUAUGCCGGAGGAUCCACUCUAGGUUCUCUUCAUGCACUGAUUCCAGUCCAACAUCUGGAGUCAGGACAACACCUCCAAAUUUGCAAAAGUGUGGAUAUCGCCUUCUGCUUGAUAUAUUAUCAAGGAAUGAGGUGGUCCUAAGAGGAAGGAGUGUGUUGUGCCUUCACAAUCAAUCCUGGAGCCAGAGCAGCAGCAGUGAAGGAAGUGACGUUGCGGUACACAGGAGUGAGCAGAACCCCCUGACUACUAAUAGCUCCAUUGUUGACUCUGAGGCGGCGGAGGGGCAGGAUUCCCCCUUACAAGAUGACACACAUAGACCUCCAUCCUGCUCCCAAGAGAAGAAUGUUUUCAAGAAAAAGUCCGCAGACACGGAUCGUGCUCAUGACAAGUGUAUGCCUAAAGGUGAGGAGAAACUGGCAGAAGCGGCGCAGAAUCUCAAAAAAGUGGCAGACGGCAGCGUCCCAGUAAUCCUAAACAUUAUUGGCCUUGAAAAAGCCGCAAGUGGCAACAAUGAAGAAGCGUUCACUUGUUUCCUGGCGGCCGCUCAACAGGACUACAGCAAAGCUCUGUUUAAUACCGGUGUCUGUUACGAGAAGGGCAGAGGAAUUAGCAAGAAUAAGGAGAAGGCCUUCCAUUACUAUUGGCGCGCAGCAGUGGCAGGUCAUCAUCAGGCUCAAUAUCGAUGCGCAAAGCUGCUCUUGACCGCUAGAGGGCAUCAAAGGGAAGAGAAACUGAACACAGCCAUCAGCCUUUUAGAGAAGGCUGCUGCGGCCGGGUUGAUUAAGGCUCAGUUGUGCCUAGCAUCUGUGUAUUCUUUGGAGCCAGUGAGGGAUGGCAGCAAGGCUGUGUACUACCUGCAGAUGGCAGCAGAGAGCAAUGAUGAUACUGCUCUACUCCUGUUGGGUCAGUGCUAUGAAAGUGGCUUCGGGGUUCGGCAGAACUUGAGAAAAGCAAUUGAAUUGUACAAACGAGCUGCUCAAGCGGGCAACAGAGAGGCCCGGCGCUUACUGACGGCUUCCGUUGAGACAGAUGUGUUGCGUUCUAUCCGUUCUUCUCCGUGUUUCCCCGUGUCGGACCGGGACCUCCGGCGGCCUCUCCUCUCUCUGGCCGAUCGUCCUUCGGUCGCUCUUCCCUUCUUGGCUCACUCGUGGAGCACCGGGUGCAUGGACGUGGCCCCUGCGCCCUCCUCCACUCAUUUCCAUUCCCAAAGUUUGGAGGGAAAAUCCUGCCAGUGGAUGGUAGGGGUUGGAUAA